AUGUUGGAGGAAAACCAAGCCAUGAAGAUGGAACAUCUUCAAUGGGAACGCAUGUCCUAUGAGCAAAUAAAUAUGCUGUUGGAUCUCCCUGUCGACCAGGUGCAGCUACAGUUUGAAGACAUUCUUCAAUGUAAACUUCUGCAGGAGAAAGCGCUGUUGGACUACUUUGUUGCGGGGUUUUGGUGGGCAAAAGAUAUGAACUUCACCUGCCAGCAGAUCUCCUUCAUUUUAGCAGUUUUACAACUGUUACUUGACAACAUUAAGGACAAGCAGAUGUCAUUUGUUGAUAAUAUCAAGGAAUUUUCUCAGACAUUGCUCAACAGCACAAAGUCUCUGCCAUGCAAAAUGGAGGCCAACUGUAAGCUGUUUGAUGAGAACAUGUUGAAGCCUGUCAUUGAAUACUUUAAAACCAGUGUUUUUCAGCAUUACAGGCUCUAUGAGUUUCUCUUCAGUCAGGCUAGAGAUCAGCAGCACCAUGGAAUGAAGAGAAGCAUAGAGACUGCCAAUUCAGCAUCUUUUGCUGCUCCUCUGGAGGAGGGCAUGCCAGCUGAUGUGUAUAAUAGGUAUAUGGUGUCCUCUACACUGGAACAGGAUGGAACAGAGGAGAUGAGGGAAAGUCAUGAGGUGACUGAGAAUGAGUCAAAAGAAGCUACAAAGCAGGUGGACCCAGGCUAUGAAAGCUACAGCACUGAGGACGUGCAAGAAGUGCUUGGAGAAAUAGCCAAAGAGAUGUUCGCAAACCUGCAGGCAAAUUUCACAGAAAAGUUACGGAUCCAAGAAGAAAUCUAUACUGCACGGAUAGAGCAUCUUAAGAAAUCCUCAUCUAAAUAA